AGAGAGAGAUAUCCACAGUCCUGUUCAACAUGUUCAAGGAGAAAUAAAAUUUAAAAAAUAUACCCACUUAAUUCUAGAUGUCAAAUGCCUGUGUAAACAUAUGAUAUUUCUGAUAGGUUGACAAGAAAUAGUUUGUGGGGUGCUUAUUUGAAAAUAUUAUGACAGGUCUGUGUAAUUUAUAACACUUGUUUCCUAGCAGGAUAGCAUUGCAGGGUUUAAAAAUUAGAUGCUAAGUAAAUAUGGUAAGUCAGAUGAAUUUACUUGUUGCGUUCACAAAAUGUCUUUAUGAAAGCUCAGUUUUGAGAGGUCCAUUUCAUUUUUUAUUGACAUGCAUGCAAAUCCAGUAAUCCGAAGCUUAUGUAAAUGGAGAGAAAGAUUUUCUUUUUCCGAGGCGCAGACAUUUUUCUUUCUUAACUUUAACUUGAAAAACACAAGUGUCUUUUCCAACACAUAAAUGAGGUUAUCAUGGGCUUUAUGAAGAGCUGCUUUGUGUGUGUAAAUACUUCCUAUUCAUUUAAUGUAUGGACUAUGACACAGGGAAAAUAAUUGUUAGUCGUGGGCAAAAAGAGGAAAGUUUAGCAUGAAAUUUGAAAGGAUUAAAGAUUAAAUAUUUCAAGUACAUGUACAUGCUGAGGAACAGGUAGAAAUGAAAUUUUUUUUUAUGAAACUAGUUAGCUAGAAACAGGAAAUAAAAACUGUGAAUUACACAGGUCAGCUGUAUAGCAACUUCAAGUUAGUAGACAUUAAAAAUCUUGCUCAUUCACAGUUGCUGUUUUUUAUCAAUAUUUUUUUUUUUUAAAGAUAAAAUGCUUCUGAUGUUUGAGAUAAAAUAUGAAGUUGAUUUUCUGAAAUAUAUAAAUAAAAAUAUACAAAUCUGCCAGGUCGAGUGCAGUAAUUAGGAUUAUAACCAUAUAUUUGCUAGCCGAGUUUAUUAUGGCUCUCUUGUUCAGGGAAGUUUUUAUCGUGUUUAACAAUGAUACACACUCUGUACGAUUGACCUUUCACAGUCAUGAGGUCUGUUGAUAGUAGUGGAUCCGCUAGUUAGUUUCUGUUUACGUGCACUCAAUUGGAGUGCGGAUAUUUAAGUUUUUGCGGCAUCUUGAGUCAGUCAGUCUCUAUACAUGUAGUGUAACGGUGUUCACGUAACGAUACGUCAUGCAACCCACUCGGGGGUUUUCUUUAAGUGGACAGUGUACUCUUUAAGAACGAGGGUACUAUGUGAAGCGCAUGCCAGAAAUUUUGAGAAUUGCUGUCAGUAGUGAUGCAUCUUGCGUUUUCUAAAUUUAUGAAGUGUUUUCGUGAGCGGCGAUAAUCCGCUCUUGUGCCAGCGCACUUUUAUAUGUGUUUGUGUGUAUAUAUAUCUGGGAUGUUUACUAGAGGGACUGAUGUAGUUGAUCGAGCCUCAUCAUGAUGGACGGUCAGUGUCGUCAGGUUGUGAUUUAUAACUGUCAACAUUUUGUGUCUGUAGGGAGUACCCAGGAUGACAGCAGCAGCCAGGGAUACGUGUUCUACCAUGAGAAGAUGAAGAGACAGGAGCGGACUUCCACCCCGGUCAAGGCCGUCACAGCCUUCCACAUGAAGGAGUCCAAGUCGGAAAACUCGGGACUCGGUUCCCACCACAAGGGGGCACUGGUGCCAAAGCCAGCGGCCUCACCCCUUGGGAAGACGUAUCUGAGCAAGAGUCAUGAAAAUCUCUCUAGUCACCAGAAAAAAAAGCUAGCUACACUCAUUGAUCACCGUCCAAAGUCGAGUCUAGGAAUCACGAAAGGAGGGUCGAGUAAUAAAGAGAACUUGGUUGUGAAGGACAAGGAUGGGGUGUUUCUGAAACCAAAGCCAGUGAAAUCUGGGGGUAUGUCAGUCAUUCGCAAAGCUUCCAGUACGCAACAGUUGGACAAGACCGGUUCUAGUACACCAAGGAGUGCGAGUGCUAAAAGUUCCGCAAUGAAACGUGCACAUAGUUCUCACAAUGUGAGCAAGGACAAGUCGUCUAGAAAAAGGACUUCUGCUCCAGCAGAUGUAAUGGCUUACAAUGCUGAGCUUUUGGCAAAUUUUGAAAAAGACAAGAAAGAAAAGGAAUCUCGCAUAUCCGAACUUAUACAAGUUGCUGAAAAUAGGAAAGCAGAAAUAGAGAAAUAUCGCUAUGAGACCAAACGUCUAAAGGAACAGAUACCAACACAUGAUAUCAAGGAUGAACUGGAAUUCCUAAGGAAAGAAAAUACUCUACUUAGAGAACAGUUACAGGAAUUAGGAUAUCCUGUGGAACAAAUUACUGACUCUGAAAAGUUAUCCAUUAUCCAAGAGAAGAAUGCAAGGAAAAACAUGGACUCAAGUGAUUGUAGUAUACCCAAGAGUAAAAGCUGUGAUAGCUUGGACACAGAUGAUGCCCGGGGGGUUCGGUCCAUCAGUUGUAAGGGCGAGCCCACAGACAGGCCCGCAUCUACAGCGGCCUCCGAGCCUAUUCUGUCUCUGGCAGACCAUGAAUUCUCUUUGGAGAGUAGUCAGUGGGAGAAGGGAAGCAACAAAAGUAGCGAUGCUUUAAGUGAGAUUUCGGUGGCGUGUCUGACCGAACGCAUAUUGCAGAUGGAGGAGACCCAUUACAGCACAAAUGAGGAACUUCAGGCAACAUUACAGGAGCUUGGUGACCUCCAGCAAAGUGUGAAUGAACUGAACACAGAGAAUGAGAAGCUUUUGGACCAAAAGUAUGUGUUGCUGGAAUCGUUGUGUACUCAAACGGAAAAGCUGGAACACUGUAGGACGCAGAUCGAACAGUUAAAAUGCCUGUUGAUCAGUGGGAACUUUCCAGAACGCUCGGAAAGGGAGCAGCAGUUGAUGGAGCUGUUGAAAGGUGCUCAGGAUGAAAGAGAAGAAUUUUUGUGUAAGCAGACAGAGCUAGUGAACACACUAAAUGCCAGGGAGAAUGAGUGCAGGGAACUGGCAGAGUUGUAUGAUACCACCAGGGAUAAACUGCAACUGCUGGAAGACAAGCUACAUUCUCUGAAGUGUGAAAAAGAAAACUGUGAGGGGACCAUAUUUGAUCAGAAAAAAGUCAUUGACAAUGAAAAAAUUGAAAUGGAUCACUUGAAAACCCUGUUAGAAAAUGAAAAAUCCAAAGUUCAGGAAUUGGAGCAGUAUUGCAAAGUGGCGGAUAGCCAUUCAGAAUUGGAGGAACUCCUUCGCAACACAAGGCAAGAGAAAGACAAACUGGAGAUAAAGCUCGCCGACAUGAAAGAGAGUCUGCAACAUGCUCAGUGCGAACUUGGAAGAGUAAAAGAAACCCUGAACAUCAAGGAAGACGAACUGAAGGUCAGCAAGAACAACGCCAAGGCUGAAGUGCAGGACCUACAGUACCAGCUAGAGAAACUCAAGAAGGGCAAGACGGACAGCACCUCAGAACUCAGCAACCUGCGGGAGCACAUUGAGCAGCUUAAGCGUGAUUGCAACAAGCACCUGGAGGAAAAGAACGAGUUUGUGACACAGCUGAGCGAAGCUCAGGAGAAGACACUGUUCCUUCAGCAGGAGAACGCAACCUUGGAGUCAGAGGUCACGGAACUGAGGAGUAGACACAGCCAGGAGUCUGAGGAGUGGAAACAGUUCCAAAAGGACCUACAGGUGGCUGUUCUGGUGGCAAAUAACUUCAGAGCCGAAACACAGGAGGACAUGGAAAAGGUUCAGCAAGAAAACACCAACUACAGAGAAAAAUGUCGCAUCCUCACUGAUGAGAACAAAAAAUUGAUGGAAGAAGUGGACAGACUCAAACUCCAGAGAAGUACAGAGGGAACCCCAAAAUCCAUCCUAUCCUCCGCUGAACUCAAGGGCAAGAUGUUCAAUUCUGUUGGAAGGGAACUAUCCCAUUUAAGAGACAAACGUUCUGACCCCAAAUCACAAAGCCAGUCUGUGAAAUCCCUUAUACGCUCCAUAGAGGAACAAGUCAAGAGCGGCUGUUCAUCUAUUCAUUCCAGUACCUGUAAUUCCAGGAGAAACUCGGACUGUUCCAUGGAUGAAGCAGUGCCGGGAAUACCCUGUCUCCAUAACAUUGUGAAAUCCCCUAGUUCUCCCAUCUCCGAAAAUCCAUCCGUUUUCUCUUCUGUGGCGUCUCCGGACGUGGCUUUGAGGUCAGUCCUGAAGAAACAGGCAGAAAAGCCUUCGCCCUUACGGCACUCUGUGGGGUCCUUGACCUUUGACCCACCCAGAUCACCAUUGGAUUCAUCGCCCAAGUCGGCCCCUCCAGUGGUGAAAAACGAUUCAUCUCCUUCACUUUCCUCCAUCUUGUCCAGGACUCCACAGAGAAGAAGCAGUGGUGUAAGUCUUGAACCUGAAAGGAAAGAUUCUGGAACGAAGGAUCCUUUGGCUGCCUUGGCGAAACAAAUGGGUGGAUCCAAACGUAAUGCUCUGUUAAAGUGGUGUCAACAGAAAACUGUCAAAUACAGCAAUGUUGACAUCACCAACUUCAGUAGCAGCUGGAAUGAUGGGCUGGCAUUCUGUGCAUUGCUACACAGCUACGUGCCAGAGAAGAUUCCAUUCACUGAACUGGAUACAGAGGACAAGAGAAGGAACUUCACCCUAGCUUUUGAGGCUGCUGAGAAUGUUGGCAUCUCCUCAUCCAUACUGAAUAUAGGAGAUAUGGUUGCCAUGGAGCGUCCCGACUGGCAAGCUGUGAUGGCAUAUGUGACGUCCAUUUACAAACAUUUUGAGCACGAUGCAAAAUCCCCAGAGCGCUCAUAGUCACAACCAUACGCAACACUGAAUCUAACCAGCACUGAGUGUUAAUAAUAUACACAAGACUCAUUAUUUAUUUAUAAAUUCAAUAUUUUCUACAAUAUUGAGGUGAGCAACCAUUACUGGUUUGGGUAUUUUUUAUCCGAUAUGUAUGGUUUAGAUAUUCCAAGUUUUAUAUGUUAAAGAUUUUUUUAAAGGCUUUUUUUAUGGGACGACAGCUAUAAUAUUUUUUCUUCUCUUUCUUAACUCAUUCCACAUAACUGUUUUUCCUCUGUCUUUUAAUACAGUGAUUGCUCUUGAGAUUGUAUACUUUGCAUAAUAAUAUUUCUUGUUGUCUUGGGACCAACCCUUGUUUGAUUUCAGUGAUUGUUAACAUGUAUUAUUUUUUUUCUCUCCAUCAAACUGUCUCGAAAUAUCUGUGAGAUUUAAUUGAAUUAAGUACAUUCAUUUUCUUACAUGUGUGUUAAAAGUAGGAAUUUAUUGUCCUCUUGUGAGCUAUUGACUUUUUUCUCUCUCCAUUUUUCUUGAAUAUUAAGGCAAGACAUCAAGUAUUCAUCCUGGUUUCCAGUGAUUUUUAAAUUAAAAAAAUUCUUUGUUUAUACACUCCUUUGAAGUAAUAAACAAAAACAAAAAUAUCUUCCAAACUAAGUGUAACAGCCCUGUGAAUUUUACAUUGUCUUCCAUUAUUUAGAAUUUAAUUUUUUACUUGUACAUGCAUAUGGUUUUAAAGAGAACAGAUAUCUUUUAGGAGUGUGAUUAGUUCUCUAGAUUUGUGGUUUACAAUAGAUUUAUUUGGAGAUGGUUUUGCAACAGUCCAAUUGCUGUAAACAUGGUUAUUUUCGCCCCGUGUUAUUUUUGCCCUUCUGCACUUGCAAGCAGUUUCACCACAUCUUGAAUUCACCAAGACACAGUUGUCUUUAAAGAAAUUAUUUGAGACGUUGGAAUUCACCCAGUCUUAAAUUCGCCCACUGACAACGAGGGCGAAAGGGGUGAAAAUAAAACGGGG